GUCUCCUGGGUAACGGUGCCUAUGGCAACCACUGUAAACAACGCGCCCUGCGACAGCGAGGUGAAGAGCGAACAAAACAGCUAACGUUAUGGCUUUCUGCAACACCGAGUAUUUCGACCAGAUUGGGAAUAUUCAAAAGAGCAUGCACGAACGGGAAAGAUGGAGACAUGAGCUGGAGGAAAAACUGUUUGCCUAUUUAAGAUCAGAAGAAAGAUUGACUAAGUUGAAGUGUGCCAAGAUGCACUGCUAUUACAAGGAGCUGUGUGAGAGAGAGCAGCAAGCAAAGACACGCAACCUUGAGCUUCUUGGGAAUGUGGAGAACUUGGCAUCAAAAAUGAAUGAAUUCUCCAUUGAUUGUAGCCGGCUGCUUCAAAAGAGGCUGGAGUGCAAGAAUCAUAUUACCAGACUAAAGAAAGACAGGAAGAAAAUGGGGAGCAGGGGGGAAUCGGAAGCAGACGAGCUCCCGAGCAGCUUCAAGCUUCCCAGCAUACAGGGAUCAUCACAGAGUGCUGUCAUCUUCACGGGUCACCAGACCUCAAACGGCUCAUCAAGAAAUGAUGGCGUCACAACCACACGCUCACCAUCUCAAACAGAGCUGAUACCUAAUCAUCCUUUACUCUCUCCUCUACAAAGUGGCCUUUGUAUGCACUCGCAUAUUUCAAAAGCCGGUGACACUGCCAUUUCAUCUGAUGACAUUCUAAACUCAGGUGAUUUUCUUGAGGGCAGACAUUUGAGUGACGUGCAUGAAAAGCAGAUGAAGUCUGAUUGGGACGUCUUUCAGAGGACAGGAGAGCAGCAUAGAUGGGAAGAACUAAACUCACCUCACACAACCCUGAAAGAAGCCGAGGUGUCCUUUCGAUCUGCGACCGUGAAGAAGCCAGCACACAUUGUGUCAUUAAAGAGGUGUCCGAGCCGCAGUCCUUCCUCAGAUACUACUGAUCCAAGAGAUUCCUCACAAUACAUGAACUCUGGAGGUGAGGAUGAGGAAGUGUCUACAGAGGAUGAAGGUGACUCUGCACCAAGACAUCAAGAUCUUUCAGAUCACACUAACAGCAGACAUCAAGCUUCGAGAGGAGAUGUUGUAAUUCAAGAACAGCAUGUAAUAUCCUUUCAAACCAAAGGUGGCACACACAAGCAGGUCAACACACAGGAAUCUGGAAGGUCUUACUCUCUCGAAUCCCCUAACAGGCUCUCCAUGGAAGGAUUUUGUCAUCUUCUGCACAGCAUUGAGCGACGUCUCAGUGCUAAAGACUUGAACCUCUACAGAAGCACAGUCCAUGAGCAGAAACUCGAUGAUAUCAUCAGUAUAUGUGGUCGGUGUGGGCGUCUAGAUGGUGUGGAACUGCAUGCGUGUGGUGCUGUGGUUCUACAGCAGCUGCCCCUGUUGUCCUGCAGUCUAUCUCACGGAUGCCUGUUACCCAGUGAUCUGAUCAACACUCACUGGUCAUCAGCUACAAAACCAGAUCAGAUCAGGUCAUGUCUGUCAGCUGAUAGUGCUCUGCUGUGGGACUGCUGCUUCAGACACUUCUUACAGCUUCAGCAACAGAAAAUCCUCAGCAUCGACCAAAUCAUUCAGCUCUUCACUCCCCUCCUAGUGCCAAAUAAUGCCACCUACACUGAGAAGGCAGGGGAGCUGUUGAAGAGGCUUCUGACCCACGAAUCUGAGAACCAUCAACCGUCAGAAAGUGAACUGUCAUCUUCUUGCAGCUUGCCCUCUCUUCUGGAUGACAGUGUGGAAAUCAAGCCCGCCAGGCCUUCCACAACAAGAGAGCAAACUGUUGGAACACAAGGAAUUCAAAGUGCUGAAGAGGACAGUGCCGACCAAAGCCCAGUGGAAAGUAUUCCUAUUAGAGAGACCAAAGCAUAUCAGCUGCUUAAACAGUCUGUGGCACAAGAAAGGCACUGGAGUGACUCAGAGGAGGAGGAUUCUGAGCCGUCAGACAUCAACAAAUUGGAGAGGUCUGAGGCGCUCCGGGACUCUUUAGCACAAAAUAGCCGGAAGACUGCAGAAAAUAAAGCUUUCUCUGCUGUCCAGUCAAAGGCAUUUUGGGGAGAAUCAGAUGACAGCAAUUCAGAGAUCGAAAUGGCCUUGCGUCCUCAGUCCCGCAACACCAGCAGCCAUGACUUUGAUGAUUUCUAUGAUUAACGUUUCUCUUUUGAGUGUUCACACUGUCAAGUUUUUAUUGUUGUUGUUGUUUGUUUCAUUGAGCGGUUAAUAUGUUUGAAAGAGAUGCCUUUAUACGAUGGCAAAACAAACAAAAAUCUUCACUGAGGAAUGAGUGCGACAUUCCACGAAAACAAAAAAAGAGCCAUCUUCUUUAUUGUGGCCAAAGACUGUGAAGGGUUUUCAAAACAUGUCGGUGUUAACCCUGCUUGAAUCUCUUUAGCUGAACAACACUUGGACCUGGUUGAAAUAGAUUAAACUUGGUUUUUAAAGUGAUUCCUUUGCACUGUGUUGAAUAUUACGCAUUUUAGAUGCUGCAGGUAUCUGGCAGUGAGUUGGAGUGGAAUGCUCUGAGUCAACUCCUAUGAAAAGCCAGUGCACAAUGGCCACUCUGCAUGCUGCUGAAACACCUUUGAACUCACUCAAGUACCCCUGGCCCAUUUAGGAGGACAAAAUGCGUUGUGCUCAUCUCAAUAUAGAAACAAACGCUCUCUGUAUUUGUGGCGGUAGAAAAGCGGUUUCAUCAGCCGAGCGCGACGCGAGCGUCUCCCUUACCGACGAUAUGCAUGCUGCAAAAUCCGCUUCUCUAAAAAAGGCACAUAUUUUUAUGCUCUCUGACUGAUUCUUGGGGGAUGUCAAGGUAGUUUUUUUAUAUUUUGCAUCAUAGGCUGUGUUAGUGUACAAAGCAUGUGACGUGCUGGCUUCGAUUCAUUGUUAUAAUAUGUCUCUCUAAUGGUUAUUUUUAGACUCCACAUGAUAGUUAAAAUUACAGAUAAUUAUGAUAAGGCAUUGAAAAGAGCACUGAUCAAACAGCAAUAUCAUUACAGUAAUAACGGCUAUUUUUCCAAAACAGUCAAUCAGUGAUAACGACAGUAACCCUUUUUCUAAUGGACCUGAAAAUAACAUUGCAAACUAAAAUUGCUGUGCACGGAUUUCCAGAACUGUUUCCCAGCCAUCAAUAAUCUACAUCGCCUGUGACAGAGGAUUGUCAUUUUGUCUGUGACUCCGGGUUCAUUUGGUUUCAUCAUAUUUAACAUGCACGGAGGCAUGUUAUCCUGUAAUGAUACCAAACCUGCAGCAUUCUAUCCAUCAGUAUGAUUCCAUUAGUUGGCUUUUAAGUAACUUUAUGAGGCCGAACCUGCUAGAGUAGGACUCCAAACUCAUUAGCCAUAAUGGCUGCAGCCAGCCUUGACCCGCACGUGUUGAAACGCGCCUGCAUAAUUUGGAGAUUGCUAAAAAGCUCCCCUCACAUAAUAUCUGUGUUAAGGAUCAUGUCAACAGAUACUUGUGUGAUGGAGGAAGCUCUGUGAGAGAGUUACAUUGCGUCGGCCCGUAACAACACCAUAAACGCUUUUUAAAGGAACUGCCUUCCGGGCGCUACUUCCCACGGACGUGCUAAUAAAAAAAAAAGUCGAACCCAGAGUGCGACUUGCAAAUGAUGUCACUUCAAAACAGAGAAAAUGUUUUGCUUUUGAUUUCUUUUGAAAGAAUGUGUGUGCGACGCCACUUUAUAAGCGGUCUCCCAGCAGGGAAGGUCAUUAAAUCAUUCAGAUUCCAAGGCAUUCACGGUUUAAAUCAUCUGUUUAAUGGCGUAUAGUGCCUGAUUUCAAGGCUCAGUUAGGAUGUCUGUUGCUGGAUCUCCUUUCAUCUGAUGAAUAAGAUCAGUCCGAUCUACAUAUUAAAGUCUUUUCUUAUUUUAUUAAGAAAGUGUGUUUUUAUCAAGCUGUUAUCAGUGUUAUGCAUGGUAUGUGUACAACAUCAAGUCAUGUGGCACAUUUCAAAGCCACUUUUAUAACUCAUGCCCUACAAAACUGCUUUCUUUUUUCAAAUGUAUAUAAUGAUUGUUAUUAGUAUUUACAAUAUUUUAGUAUUACUUGAAAAAGGCUGUGCUACUUAAUUAAGUGUGGAGUCUCUGAUAAACAGUUUUAAUAAAUGUCUUUACAGCCACUUUGAUUCAUUUAAUGCAUCCUUGCCGAAUAAAAGUAUCCUUCAAAAAAAAAAAAA